AUGUUGUCCUCGACCGGCGCGCUUCGCACCGCGCUGUUGGCUGAACACGUGGUCGGGAAGCCAGUUGCCGGGUGCUUUCGGACACCGGCGUCUGCAAGCCGCUCCCGGGGGCCACCUGCCAGCUGUGGCAUCGUGGCAGCCGUCGGCGCAAUGGCUUUGGUACCCGGCUCGCGGAAAGUCAGUGCUCGUUUGGGCGCAGUCGGCAUGGCGGCCGCUCGCGAAGCUACCGAUGGUGACGAGGUAUACGUGAAGUACGAGGGGAGGCUGACAGAGGACAACAGCGUCUUUGACUCGUCGGAAGGCAAGGAACCCCUAUGCUUCAUCGUCGGAGCGGGGCAGGUAGUGCCAGGUUUUGACCGAGCGGUCAAGGGCCUGAAAGUGGGCGAGAAAAAGACCGUUACCAUUUCGCCGGAGGAUGCUUAUGGGCAACGCUCCGAUGCCAUGAUCAUGAACAUCCCCGCAGCACAGGUCCCGAAAGGACUGCAGGAGGGAAUGCAAGUUAUGCUGGGCGGCGGCCAGCAGAAGAUGCCUGCGAAGGUUAAGCAGGUCCUGGAGGACGGCUCGGCCAUGCUCGACCUGAACCACCCCUUGGCGGGCAAGGAGCUCAAGUUCGACCUGGAGUUGCUGGGCUUCCACGAGGUCGUCAAGGGCAUGGAUAUGGUCGGUUGGCAGGGCGAGACUGUGAAGGUUCCCUUCGCCGUAGCCAACAGCCCCGUGAGUGAGGCUUUGAAAGAACCCAACUGGAAGUGGCCACAGGGAUGGCCUUACAAGGAAGAUGACUUCCGGAGGCAGGAUGAGUCCGACGACAGCGGCUUCUACGCUCAGCCUCGCUUCGUCACCCACAUCGACGAAGACGCCAUUGAUGCGAUUCGAAACUUCUACGAUGUGCAGUUCGCCCAGGCUCCACAGGGGGAGUAUAGCGUGCUGGACAUCUGCAGUUCUUGGAUCAGCCACUAUCCAAAGAACCUCAAGGCAAAGCGCGUGGCUAUCACUGGGAUGGUGGAGCAGGAGCUGGCCGCCAACAAGCAGGCGACAGAGUUCGCCGUCGCGGACCUGAAUAAAAUGCCCAAGCUGCCCUAUGGCGAUUCGGAGUUCGACUUCGUGACGAACGUGGUGAGCGUGGAUUACCUGACAAAGCCUCGUGAUGUGUUUUCCGAGAUGCACCGAGUCCUGAAACCCGGUGGUGUGGCCAUCAUGUCCUUCAGCAAUCGGUGCUUCUUUACCAAGGCAAUUUCAAUGUGGGUUCGGGACAUGAGCGACGGACCUGGCCACUGCCAAAUUGUGGGAAAUUACUUUCACUUCAACCCCUCCGGUGGAUGGAAGGAUAUCCAGUCGGUGGACAUAACUAAGGGCCCGCGUGCCAACCCGAUGUGGGUAGUCGUGGCAGUGAAGGCCUGA